UUAGAGCAAGCUUGGGCUUUGAAAAACAUUAUGGAUGCCAAAGCAGCCCUAGUGGUGGUUUGCCUUCUUGUGUUGGGACACUGCACACUCCAGCAGACCACCUCAAAGAAAAGAAACGGGAAGAAAGGUGCAGACAGUGCUGCAAUAGAGGAAAUGAAGAAACAAAUAAGCAACAUUGUGAUGGAGCUCAAUGUACUGAAGGAGCAGCAAGCAUUACAGACAGUUUGUUUACGAGGCAUGAAGAUCCUUGGCAAGUGUUUUCUGGCUGAUCACAUUAAGAAGAACUUCCACUCUGCCAGUGACGACUGCAUUGCCAAAGGGGGUACUCUGGCCACCCCCCUGAAUUUGGACGAAAAUGAGCAGCUUUAUGACUAUGUGCGCCAGAGCAUCGGCCCAGAGGAGCACAUCUGGCUUGGCAUCAACGACA